ACACGGAAACCAUGAAAGGGGACAUGGAAACCAUAAAAUGGGACGUGAAAACCAUACAAAAGGACCCGGAAACCAUGAAAGGGGACAUGGAAACCAUAAAAUGGGACGUGAAAACCAUAAAAGGGGACGUGAAAACCAUAAAAAAGGACACGGAAACCAUGAAAAAGGACGUGGAAACCAUAAAAGGGGACAUGGAAACCAUAAAAGGGGACGUGGAAUCCAUACCAGAGGACAUGGACACCAUAUAAAAGGACACAGAACCAUAAAAGGGGACAUGAAAACCAUAAAAGGGGACAUGGAAACCAUAAAAAAGGACACAGAAACCGUAAAAAAGAACCAGUUCUCAGUGGCCCCUGGUCAGGGCCUGCCCUGCAUUGCACAGCCUGGGUCACCGUCCAUGGUGGGCACGAUAUCCCAAGGUGAGGAGAGUGGCCCUUCACCAGGCCCGCUAGGGGACUUGGCCCUCAGUGAGCAGCAGCCAAUCUCCAAAAAAUCCCUGGCAUGGAGCAGGGUCCUCAAGUGGAAGGAGAAGUUCAAACCAGGCACCGACACCCUACUGAUGUGGUCACUGCCUUGCCAGGUCUACGUGGAUCAUGGUGAGAAACUGAAAACAGACCUGUGACCUCAGAAGCUGAUCAUGAACUUGUUCCCCUCGCAGCUGCUGAUCCCACUGGGCCAUUAUAUCCGGGACUCAAGGAGGGUCCAGUUCUCCUUCACCAACCUGGACCUGGAGUCCCGCAAAAGCCUCUACCGCACGAUAGGCAACGACUGUGGGGGCUUCGUGCACUUUCUCUUCAUGGACCACAGCAAGUUGCACAUAUAUAUGCUCCUGUUGUCCCCCAAGAAGAAGACCUUCAUGGGCCUCAUUCCCUAUGACCAGAAGGGCUUCCUCAACAGAAUGGCGCAGAUUGUGCGGCAGGAGCUCAAGAAAGGUCGUCAGACUUCCACCAUCAAACAAAUGCCCGAGAAUGUUCACCACAGUAUGUAUUCCUAACUGGGGAGAAUGAGAUGUUCUGAAGAAGGCCUGGAGCAGCUGGGGCUGUGAUAACAAAGGACUGCACCGAGGACUUCAAUAACAGAAAUGCAUUCUCUCACC